AAUGGAGUACUUCUCUCUCUCACCCAUCUUCCUUCUCCUUCUCCUCUGCUUCAUUAAUCCCAUUCUCUCUCUCACUGCUCAGCCAUUCAUCUCUUCUCUUAAACUUCAUGAAGAAGAAAGCUGCCCUUACACCGUGAUUGUCACAACAAGCUGUUACUCUCCUGACUGGUCUAGGGAUCAGAUCAGUAUCGCUUUGGGUGACGCCAACGGUAACCAGGUGGCUGCACGACUAGACGAACCGCUAAGUGGAGGAGGAGGUUUUGAGAAAUGUUCGUCAGACACAUUCCAAAUCAAAGGUGAAUGUCUCGACACUAUCUGCUCCGUCUACAUCUACCGUUCCGGUCCCGACGGCUGGAUCCCGGAAACCGUCGAGGUAUACAAGGAAGGUUCCAAAUCCGUGAAAUUCGAUUUCAACAAAAACGUCCCUGAGAACACUUGGUCCGGCAAAAACAACUGCAACAACACCAGUCUACCGCCGCCUUCGCCGUAUUUCCCCCCGUUUCCCCCCACCGUUACACCGCCUUCUUUUCCUCCGGAACCUCCUUCUGUCCCGCCACCACCACCACCACCACCACGUCCGUCUGCUGCCUCUGGACGUAGAGGUGGUGAAGGUUCGGUUGUUGCGGUUGCUGUGAUUGUGUUUGCCUUUGCGGCUGUGGUUGUUUGAGCUAUUACUUAAGAGUUUGCUUAAAUACAACUAAUGAGCUUUGUAGUUGGAUAUUGUGGAAGCAUAAAGCUUUCCUUAGUUAACGUAUGAGUUUGAGACUCUAACUUAGAGUUAUCAAUAAGCAUUCCAUAUGAACUUUGUAUCUGCCUGUUUUGUAUGUGAUUUAUCAUGACUAUCCUUGUUUAAAAAAUGAGAUUACGUUAA